GGGCUCUACCCCUCGAACUGACAGCCAUUACUGUGAGACAGUCGUAAAAAUAUACACAUUAAAUAUCAAACCCCACAGAGACAUUUUCCACCAAACAAGAGCGACCCCCACCCUUCAAGAAACCAGGGUCAAAGUUCACAGGAAGCUGGGGGGCUGCCAUUUUUCCCUGCUACUGCUAACGUUAAACGUUAGAUGCUAAAACGACGGGGAGGGGCGGUUGGUUUCGGAUUUUGUAGCUAGCUGGUAUCAACCGAUCGAAAUCGUUACCCGAAAUCCGUCAUUUCUCCGACUGUCGUCGCUAACAACCAUUGUUAUUGGAUGAAUUCGGCAUGGAGAAGGUAGCGGAGCCGUCUUGGACUUCUUCGUACACCUAUCAGGUGAGCAAGCACAGUGCGGAGAUGCUACACAACCUCAACAUUCAGAGGAAAGAUGGAGGCAGGUUCUGCGAUGUGAUCCUACGCGUCGGCGAGGAGAGCUUCCCCGCACACAAAGCUGUGCUGGCCGCGUGCAGCGAGUAUUUCGAGUCGGUGUUCAGCCGCCAGACGGAGGGCGACGGCAAGGAGCUGGAGAUGCACACCAUCAGCCCCAAAGUUUUUAAAGACGUUUUGGACUUCGCGUACACCUCCAGGAUUGUGGUGCGGCUGGAGUGCUUCCCGGAGUUGAUGACAGCUGCCAAGUUUCUGCUGAUGCGGUCGGUCAUUGAGAUUUGUCAGGAGGUGAUCAAGCAGUCCAACGUACAGAUCCUCGUCCCGACCUCACGGGGAGGAGACGCCAGCCUGUUCCAGGCCACGGGGGCCACGGAGCUGGGUUUCCCUGUGGCGCAGCAGGAUCUGGUGAACGGCACGGCGAUGCUGGUGAACGGUCAGAGCUUUGCUAACAAUGCACAGAUGCAUGUGGAUGGCAGCGAAGACACCGCCGCCGUGUUACUGGAGGACGGCGGCGAGUCGUCGAUGCCGAUGCUGGAGCCCGUCGAAGGACUGUCGGUGUCCCCGUCAACGGAAAUACCGGGGAACACGUUUCAGCACGACGCUGGCUCCCCGGGGUCGAAGAGGAACAGGGGGAGACCAAAGAAAGCUGGUGGGGUCGUGGAGCCUGUACACUUUAACCACAGCACCCAGAAAGACAAUGGGCUGUUUCCGUGCGGGACCUGCGGUAAAGCUUUCACGGAGGCUUCCCGGUUGAAGAACCACGAAGCGCAGCACGGAGCCCACAACAACAACAACAACAACAACGUCGGUGACAGCCUCUCAGCAGCGGGUGGCAUUUCCAUAAUGUCUCAGCCCGGGCUGGUGGAGAACGGCGUGCAGCUACACGGAGGGCUGACGCUGGAUAACGGCCGCAAACGGGAGAGGACCAGGCGGCAUGUGGGCUGUGAUAUUUGCGGUAAAGUUUUCCGCGACGUGUACCACCUGAACAGACACAAGCUCUCCCACUCCGGGGAGAAGCCGUACGCGUGCCAUGUGUGCGGGCUCCGGUUCAAACGCAAGGACAGGAUGUCAUACCAUGUGCGGUCCCAUGACGGGUCUGUCGGCAAACCUUAUGUGUGCCAAAGCUGUGGUAAAGGUUUUUCAAGACCAGACCACCUGAAUGGACAUAUCAAACAGGUUCACACAACAGAGAGACCCCACAAGUGCCAGAUUUGUAAUGCCUCUUUUGCCACAAGAGAUCGCCUCCGGUCACACCUUGCAUGCCAUGAGGACAAAAUCCCCUGCAAAGUUUGUGGCAAGUUCCUGCGAGCUGCCUACAUGACAGACCACCUCAAGAAACACAGUGAAGGGACGCAUAACUACUGUGGCAUCUGCAACAAAGGUUUCUCCACUGCGUCCUACCUUAAGGUGCAUAUAAAGACACACCAUGGCUCUCCACUGCCCCCCUCUGCCACAAUGCACACCUUCCCUGAGCCAAGGGGGGAGCUGCAGAUGCACAACGGCACCCCUUACCACAUGGGACGCCAGUGCUCAGUGGAAGACCUGUGCGCCAGUCGCCAGCUGCUUCUCACCUCGUCUGAGGCAGAGGGUCGCUUUCAUGGGCUCACUGGACACCCAGUUCUUCCCCAGCCUGGCCCUCCAGCCUUGGGCCUGCAGCCUGAGCUGCUCUUGGGGAAGGCAGGUGGGGCUCCAUAUUUCUGGGAUUGUCGCUCUGGCGGGGUGCCUGGCUUCCCUGUCCAUGGGCCUGCUGCAGACGGGCAGGAAAACGCUGGGAAGUGUCCUCAUCUGGAGUCAGAAGAAUCAGAUCCUUCAUUUGGGGAACUGUCCAACGGCGACGAGCUUAAAUCUCCACACAAACCUGACGGGCCGGAGCUCGAGAUGCCCUCUCUGGCCUGUAACGGAGCCUCCGCGGGGGCCUUGGGCUCUCCAGAGGGAUCUAAAGCCAAGACGGACCCUGAGAAGAAGUUUACCUGCGGCAUCUGCGGUCAGGCCUUCCGCACCAAGUCCUACCUCAACAAGCACCAGCACAGAGUUCACAAAGCCCAGAAGGCUCAGGGGGUUUCAGGGUCGGGCUUGAAUGAGCUGGCCCCCUCCCUGACCUCUCCCUUCUCCCCUCAACAAAACAUGUCCCUGCUGGAGUCUUUUGGCUUUCAGAUAGUCCAGUCUGCUUUCGCCUCUUCACUGGUGGAUGCUGAGGCGGGUCAGAGUGGAAUCGACUUCGGAGGGAAGUGACACAUUUACUGAAGUUCUUGCAAAGCCUCUCAUUUUUAGGACAAAGCCGGGUUGCCCACAGAAGAUGCUCUGUAUUUGGGAAUAACUUUGCCUCAAGGCUACUCUUUCUGUUUGUUACGUCGCUUAAUGUGUAUCCGAUAUUUUUGUCACAGACUGCCAUACGAUUCCUACUUUUUCUACCUUUUCAGAGUAUGAAAAGUGCGCGCACGGUGUUUAAAUUUUCUUUAUAAAGAAACAACAUGAAGGUUUUAUUUCCUUUAUCUGACGUGGAUCUGUCGAAGUUAUGUUUGGUAUUCCCUCAGUUGUUUUUUGGCUUGUGUGUUAUUGAGCUUUCUUAGCUGCACAAAUGUUUCUUGACAUGAGACGAAUUAUUUACUGCAACCUUAAAACAAGUAGUAAGUAACUACUUAUUGUCCGUUCGCCCACUUUAACUGCUCUGAUGUACCCGGUGAAUUGACCCUCAGCCACUACAGUGAUUUUAAUGCUUCGUAUUCUCCGUUCCCUUGAAGGCUGUAAACAUGUCUUUACCUCAGAGCAACAAGAGGGCUGAAUUCUGUACGUAUGUUGUGUCGGCUUCUUUUGAGAAGGAUUUUGAUUUUCUUAAGGACAGGGAUUUAAAUUGGACUCAGUUUUGAUUGCAGGAUUUCUUUUACUGUUAAUUAUUCUGAGAAACAUUCCUAACAAGCCCACGGCAUAUUUCAUGACAUGUUUAUUGUAAUUUUCUUCAGCUUCAUACAGAAAGUGUCGGUUCGCUGGCUACUGAGAAGCAUUGACAGCUGUCAAGGACCUUAAUGAACUGCGGUUGAACUUUGAGUUUGAACUGUUACAGCAGCCACACAAAGCUCACCUGGCACCAAAAAAUCUGGCAAAAAAUAACUUAAAACCUCACUGAAGAAAUUUACACCAUGUUGCUUUGUGCAUAAAAGGAGAUUUAUUUCUUGUGCCAACUUCACUAGAUAUUAUGGAGACCCUGAAAUCCUGAAUUGGGAACAAGUUACUGUCUUGUUCUCAAAAGAUAUUUAACUUGCGCGCACAAAAAUAUCACCUUUCAGGACAUAAGAGCCUCUGUAAGAUUUAAAUAGUAAAAAGUCUGCAAAUUGAUUUAUUAAAACUAAAAACUGUCCUAUCAGAAAUGAGAAAUACCUACACAAUGUCAGGGGGAACAACUAUAUUUAUAUCUCCAGUAUCACCACAGCUUGCUUUCUUUUAGUUUCUUUUUUAGGUCCAGGUCUUUAAAAAUGUGCAUAUUCCUUCUAGAAGAAGCCUUUUUUCCGUUAUUUAAACAAAGUGGGGGGUGGUGUCAUUCACCAUUAUCGUAAGCAGUUGUGAAUCUUAACCAGAGAGCACUGAUCAGUCCCUCCAGGAUUUCGCAGGCUGUUCUUGGGAUUGUUGCGGCCCUAAAUGUCUGAUUUCGCGGCAGCUUUUCUAUAAAAUUGUGAUGUAUGUCGCAAUGUUUAUUGCAAUGUUUUUGGGUGCAGUGCAGUUGCAAAAACAGUUGUACUGCUGUGACAGAUUUUGAGCUUAUUUAUAUGAGCUUUCAUUGUUUCCCACAGAAUUAGAAUCUUAACUGUGAGUGUAGGGGUGCUGCCAUUUGACGCAGUCCUAAACUCCCAUCAAGUUCAUCCUUCAGUGCGAUAAUACAAAAUUGCUAAAUCUCCUAAUAACAAGAGAGGGAGCAGUUUGCUGCAUUCAAUUCUGCAAAGAAAUGCAAUUUUACUUGUUUUAAAUAGUCAAAUUUGCAGUAAAGUUGCAAUUAUUGGACAACAUUGCGAGAUCACGCAGAAUUUGCAGGGAUUGGCUGAAUUUGCGUCAACAUCACAAAAUCCUGGAGAGAUUGAUUAAUGUGAUAGCUGGAGGGAUUUGUUCUAAAAUGGAGCAGAUCUGUUAGAUUUGAAAAGCUCUAUCAGUUUUUGAUUUGAUGAUUUGUAAAUAUUUUGUAAAAAAAAAAAAAAAAAAAAAAGAAGGAAGAAUUAAGGAGAGGAAAGCCAUUAUUACUAUGAUCUAUAUCCUGUGUACAGGAAUACUUUUGAAAAUAAUUUUUCCCAGGUUCCCACAUUUUUUUAACCUGUAACUGUAUUCUUGGAUCAUGCCCUGAGCCUGUUAGGAAUGAGCUUUGUAUCCCCCCCCUAAAAUGAUAAAGUUUCCAAGCCUGGUUUGUUGGGUAUGAAAUCAGUUGUGUACAUUCAACAGGGACCAAGGUCAGGUAUAUUUUCAGUAUAUAUUUUUAGAAAUGUAGAUUAUAUUUUAUUAACUUAUUCAUGCCCUCUGUUUUGUGUACAGGUUUUUUUUUAAUUGUCAAACAAAAAUCUUGUGAUUUGCUCGUUUUGAUAUUUUUCACUCUAAAUUAUGUUCAGUGGAGAUGUGUGGUUAUGUGUGUUUGUGUGUUGUGCAGCAACAAGGGGGGGUUAGAAGAAGGAGCCACACCCUGAUCCACCAGCCUCUGAACCGACCAAACGUAAUGCUUCUUUUACAGAGCCAAGUCAUUACGCUCACUUUAUUUCUUCCUCUUCAUCACCUGCACUUCCUGUGUUGCUCACCCACCUCCUGUCAGAUUUGCUUGUGCUGUUAGUACAUGACAUGUCUUGUGUUUGCACUAAUGGUCCCUAGUUUUAGGUGCAAGCUUUCCAUCCGAGUGUCUUGCAGUGAAAAUGUGUUUAAUCCAAAAAGACAUUCCUUUGAUGAGAACAGACUUAAUUGAAUGGUUCCUUAAAUCGGUGCACAAUAGGAGCCUCACAUCCACCCUGCUGCGCUGCUUAGUUUGAUUUGAAAUCGUGCUCCACUGUAAUGAAAAGGCUUCUACGCUGCUGAAAUGGUUUUCUAUUGUAAAGGGAACUCCAGUAUUUUUUAGCCUGCACCCUAUUUUCCCAUGUUUUGUGUCUAAGUGACUCACGGGAACACUGAUUUCCAGUAUUAAGAGAGAGUGCUGCAGCUGGCAGUGGCGUCACAGGCUGCAGCGUAAACACUCGGGGCAUUUGCACUUUGUCAUGAGUACUUGUGUUUGCCACAGACAGGCUCAAAUUGUUAUUCUGAUUGUCUGACAACAUUACUAAAAAGAUCCUACACCUCCUGUACCUUAUGCUUAUUCCUGUCUGUUUUGUGUCCAAGUCUCGCUCAAGGAGAAGUCUCGUUCUGAAAUCUCGAGGACUUUUUUUUUUGGACCAUUGAAAAUCUUUUAGAUACAAGUGCUCUCUGCACUCCAAUUUUCACUAAUGUUUCCACCGUAUUCUUUCUGCAACAAGUCACCUCUGACUAGAAUUCAGAAGUAGACUUCUCCUUUAGCGAGACUUUGACACAAACAGACCAAAAGAAACGAAAGGUACAGAAAAACGUUUCCUUUCUCUAUAGGGCCCUUUCCCUAAUGUUGUAAGACACUCAUAAUAACAGUCUGAGCCUGUUAGUGGUUAAAACAAGCACUAUUAAUGGACGUAAACCGUCAGGGCGCACCUGCCCCCCGCUGUAGCACUCUCUCAAUACUGGACCAAUGUCAAAAAUUGUUCUUCACAUUUGUCACUUAUGCUGGUUUCUUAUAUGAAGUCCAGACAAUAUCCGGAGAAUCAGAUCUGGACAUUGUCUGGAGAAGAUUGUCUGCGUCAGAUGCUUUUUCAUUUACUGGAGGUGCUCCAUACAUUAGGUUUAGGCCGGGGUUGACUCCUAAGUCGAUCAUGUAGGAGGCAGGACGUGACGCGAAUAACACCGUGGUCAUGUAGCCGGAUCAUUCAGUGGUCUCUUGCCGUUCCUUGAAUCUGUGUGAAUCUUGUCAUCUCUCCAGUAUGAGAUGUUCGGUGUCGUCUUUUUGUAAAUUACUCUUCUUUUUCACCCUCUGAAGUUUGUUUUCCUCCUGUUUUGCACAAGCCACAUGAUAGAAACAUCAUCAACAUGGCCACUCGCUCACUGGGAAUUCUCUGGACAAUUACCUGCUUGAUUCACACAUGGGGUCAAUUGAACAUUAGGAGGACUUUGUACUAGGGCGCUGGCAAAGUAAAGUCUGUUUAAUGUCCAAACCAACUGAUUCAGACAUUGGCGUUCUCACAUCCAGUUCCUCCAGCUAAUGUCUAGAUCAUUUCAGGUUUGCAGUGUAUGUGUGAAAGCGGUUUUAGACACAAAAACAUGGGGAGAAAUAGGUGCAGGUUGAAAAAUAGCGGAGUUCCCCUUUAAAUACCACAACAGGAUGUUACUGGGUAGAAGAAAUUGUGUGUGAAGAUCAAUUCUGUGUCACUAUUAAUUUGGUUAAAACAAUCAAAAAUGCAAACAUAGAACCUUUUCACAAUCAUGACACACUUCCUUUUAGUCUUGUACAUACUGAAACAAAAUAAGCAAUCGCAGCUCACACAUCAGCUGAUCAACACCUUUCUCGUGUUUUUUCUUGUGUUGUAAAACCUGUAUCAUGUCUCAAAUCAAACCCAGUCCAACAGUGAAGGGGCUAGCAGUGUGUGUGUGGUGAUGGCCUCUGUUAAAAGAAAGUGUACAUGUGUGCCAUCUGUGUGAGUGUGUGUGUGCGUAUGUGUGCGUUUUUGUGUUUGAUCUGUGUUUCCAGCUUUCUGUUUAAUUAUUAUUUGUGAGUGCUCUAGUCUGUUAAUUCAGUACAUUCCUAUAUUAUUUAUGGUUAUGUUGUGAUUGUAACAAGUGUAUAUACCAUUCAUAUACACAUUCUAUAAAUAUAUAUAUAAAUAUAUAUGAACCAACCAAUAUGAUCAGUGUUUGUCAGUGGUGGUCCUGUACAUAUUUAGAUUUUUUUUCUUGUCCAUCAUGUGGAGGGAUGUUAAGUUAUGGCCAUUUGAUUGAAAGUGUAAACUGCAUGUUCGGGCAUGCUGAGCUGAGCUGGGUACUGAAUGUCGAUCACUGGUUGGUGGCAGUUUUAGUUUCACUGUUCGCCGUACUGUCACUCUGCUCUGGUAGCGCUCACACUGCCAGCUGCACGACUCACGUCUCUGACCAAGUUUUCCUCCUUUUUUGAUCCACUCUGCACUAGUAUUUACUCCUUAACAGGUGAUAAGGGUUGUUUCUGUUCCUGAUUGUUUAAGAAGAAGUGGAAGAUGCUAUAAGGAAAUAAUGUUGCGUUCGUUCCUCACUGAGAUGUAUGAUUUUUGUUUCACUCGUGUCGGUACUCAAAGGUGUUUUUCGUUGAGUAUUUAGGCCUAAAUGUUUUUUUGUUUGUUUGUUUUUUUGCUUUCUGCUUUUGGUCUGUUGCAAAGUGCCUUCCAAAUACUGAUUGUGCACAGCAGUGGAUUAAAAAAGGUCCUCUUUUCUAAAGGUUAAGAAUUGUACAGAGUGACUUGCAUUGACACUUUUGUAUAAAAAACACACACAGAAAAAUGUACAAUAUGUUAACUUGGUAUUUUAUCAUCGUACUCAACAAGAUUGCUCUUAAGACAUGUGAGCUACAUGUUUUGUUAUAACGUCUUUGGACAUAUUUCAAUAUAAGCAUACUUUUCUAUAGAUAUUUGUUUUUGUACUCUGUUAUUGAGUCUCAUCUCUCUUGUUGGUACAGAGAUGAGCAACAAAUAAAUUGCAAUUGAAAA